UACAGCGCGGCACUUGCUGGUGUAGAAUAUUUUUACAAUUUUUUACGGCGUGUUUUGGCCUCAAUUGCUUGCAAUAUGUAAUAAAUGUACGUGCAACAUAACCAUAGAACAGAGGACAAAUGAGUCGAGUCGGAGGCUGUGAGAGAAGGUGACAUAUAAGGUCUGAAGAUUGAAAUUAAUCAGGGAGCAGACCUUAUAACAAACAAUAAACUACCCCCACCCAACUUGAAAAUAAACUAAACAAAAACAUUUAUCAGAAAUGCCACGCUCAAGAAGCCGAAGCUCCUCCCCCAGGAGAAAACACAAACAUAGCAGGAAGUCUCGCUCUCGCUCCAAGGGACGCGAAUCCUCCUCGCACGGCUCAAGGAAGCGAUCACGCUCAAAAUCCAAAGAGAGACGGGAUAGGGACCGAGAACGUCGCCACAGACGGUCGCACUCCAAGUCAGAGCGAAACAGUCCCAUCACUGACAUCUUCGGGCGGGACCUGAGCAAACGGAAUGAGCUCGAGGAGAAACAGAAGAAAGAAGAAGAAGAGAGACGGGCGGAGAUCGAGAGACAACGAAAGAUCCGUCAGCAGGAGAUGGAAGCUCGUCUUAUAGAAGAGGAAGUCGCCAAACGCGUUGAGGAGAUGGUUGCCAAACGGGUAGAGCAAGAGCUAGAGAAACGCAAAGAUGAUAUCGAAGCAGAGGUCCUCCGCCGUGUCGAGGAAGCCAAAAGAAUCAUGGAGGCGGCCAUGUUGGAGGAGAUGGAGCAGAAGAAACAACAAGAACUUGAGGCACAGCAGGCCAAAGAGGAAGAAGAGAGGCGAAAGCGAGAAAAGCUGGAGCAGAUCAUGGAGGAGAAUCGGCGUAAGAUGGAAGAAGCUCACAGGAAGCUGGCCGAGGAGAGACUUGAGAUGGUCGAACGCCAGCGGAAGAUGGACGAAGAGCGCCUGGCGUUUGAGCAGGAACAACGGCGCCUUCAGAAGGCGGACCAGGAUUUAAUCCUGAACAAAAAGAGCGCUCGACCAAAGCUCUCUUUUGGCCUCAGCAUGAAGAAGCCGUAACGCCAGUCCUUAAACCCUCCCCACCCCCUUCCCUCUUCUUUCCCCAAUCCCCGACCCUUGUAGAUUUCCAAGCUGUACCGUUACUUGAAACCUUCGGUCCUACGUCCCACUGCCCGGCUCGUCCAGGGAGAUCCUUCCCUGGCAUCAAGUCCAGAGCGUCACAGUGCAUCAUGGGAAAACAUAAACCAACAGUGGAGUAUGGGAUAGCUCAUCUGUACAAUGCAUAAUGGGAUUUCCAGCAUUGUUAGUUUUGUAAUGUAGGUAUAAACUUUUUCUGGUUAAACUUGUCUUAGUCCUUUUUUUAUUUACAUCCCGAUUGUAGACACUCUAGACUGCCUAAAAAUCAUGGUUUCGUUAGAAAUUUAAAAUGUUUUUAAAACAGAUAUCUUUUUUUUCUCAGUGGUUUCAUUAAUUUUUGUGUUGAUAUAAAUUGAUCUAAUUUGUGGAAAAUGUUGUACAAUUUGUGCAUAAUUUUUUUAAAUGUUUACAUGGAAGAAUAUGAUACUGUUGAAUAUGAUACUGUUUUCUGUAUCCAAUUCAGUCAUUUGUGGGACACCAACGUGUGUCUGCUAUUAAUGUAUAGAGCCGAUCUUCAACCUUCUAUGUGAUUGUAAUGUAUAUCUUAUUGAGACUAAGAAUGCAUGAUUAAUUUUGUCCAUUGCGGUUGUCCAUGGAUCAUGUAUGCCUUGGAGACUUUUGAAUGCUAGGUGGCAGCAGAUAUACCAGGUUAUUUUCCAUUGUUUACGUCGUUCUGAGCCUGCUCAAGUUUCCCAGAACGGUGGAUUUACCUGGUAAGUCUGCUGCCACCUAGAGACACAAAAAGUCUCCCAUUGGAUGUGUACGACUGGACAUGGGAAUAAGUGCACAGAAGUAGCGCAGUGACAUAGACUCUGUGCAUUGGUGCCAUCCUAUCACCAUCUUAGAGGUAAUGUUCCGUGAUGAAACACUGGAAAAAGAUAAAGUUUGCGGCAUAGGCUGUUCCAGUGAGCAUCUUUCUGUUUGACCUAUAAUAGAUGGCGCCCUCGUCUGGUGACAUCGUAUGCGUAAUACCUAAUUGUCUUGCAUGAUAAAUAACCGGAACGCAUCCAAAUGCAGAUGCCCCAUGGGAAUUGUUUUAACUAAAUGAACUUUACUGGUAAUAAUUACUGUUAAUCAAGACUGUAUAUUGCAAUUUUUACAUUAUCCCUCCUGCCAACCCCCCCCCCCCCCC